AUGGCCGACAAGGGCUGCGCAGCCACAGCCGGCCCCCCUCACUAUCUCGCCCUCGCGGGCGGCCCCCGGAACCGCGACGAGCAGUCGCACGAGCGCGCGCCCAAGCAGCGACGGCAGAAGGCAGGCCCCGUACACCCAGCGGCCACCGUGGAGGGCACCGACUCGGGGGACGAGACAGCCGCGGAGGUGAUGAGAGGCUACCUGAACACAGCUCAACGGCAGCGAGCUCUGGAGAGCUGCCUCUCCACGCACUUCAUGCCCCAUGAGCACCAGCUCAACUACGCGACGAUCGGAGCCGCUCAGAAGUAUUCCGACACCGUCAAGGAGGAGCCCACGGACCACGGACUGGGACCACCCAGCCCUCAGGUCGGGCUUGCAGCUCUCGAGACGAUCAGCACACAGGAGGUCCUCAGGCAGAGGAAGGCGCACCUAGUCGAGCAUCUGAAGUCGCUAGAGGCCCUCACUCAUCAGCUGAAGGUCUCUCACACGAUGUCCGGCCCGGCGCUGCUGAGACUGUCGGACAGGACCUCCUCGCCGAGGCAGGGGCCGCUCGUGGUGACCGGGAGGCGGCUGUCCAGGAAGCGGGGCGCCGUGCCCGUGACGACCGUGGGCCAGGUCCUGCUGCUCAGCGGCCGCGCCCUGAGCGCGAAGAAGAAGUGGAGCGGGUGGGCCUGUUCCCCGGCAGCCCCGCAGGCCUCCACGGAGAGGCCCAGCGCGGGAGCCGGCGCGGGCGCUGCGCCGGAGGCCGCCCGCCUGGUCGAGUUCGAGGCCCUGCACGCGUUCUCGCACCGCCUGGACACCUCGGGGGCCAUCGCCAGCCUGCCGCUGCUCCGGUGCAGCGCGGGAGCCGUCGAGGAGUGCGCGGACGGCAGCGGCUGGAGACUGCGCGUGUCGGAGGACGACUGCGACGAGGAGGUCGCGGACGCAGCUGGGGCGCCCGCGUGCAGCGCGGGCUGCCAGAGCGCGGGCGCCUCGCUGCAGGAGCGCAACGGGUGGACGCUGAUCUUCAACUCCCGCGACAGCUGCGAGGAGUGGCAGAGGGCCAUCCGCAUCGCGUGCUCGGCGGCCAAGGCACAGGAGGCGGGCCGCCGGCGCACGCACGAGGAGGCCCUGGCGGAGUACGACGCCGACCCCGAGGCGUGGCGGCGCGGCGCCCUGCGGCGGCUCACCGAGGCGGAGCAGAGCGCCGCCAGCGCCAGCGCCCCCGCCGGGCUCCGGAUGGUGAUCCGCGCCUGCGACGAGGCGUGGAGCGACGCCAGGGAUCUCCUCGACGGGGCCCUGCAGCAGAGGCCCUGGCACCGGGACGCCUGCGAGGCGGUGCUGGAGGCCGCGCUCGGGCCGUCUGGCGCGUGCGCCGGGCGCGCGUGGGCGCGCUGGAGCGGCGAGCUGUCUCAGAACGACGGCCGCACGCUGCUGCGGUGGCUGGACGCGCGGCGGGCGGCGGCGCACCGCAUGGGCGUGGUGUACCCUGCGCUGAACGCGGCGAUCGCGGGGCUGUCGGCGGAGCUGAGCCUCCGAACGGGAGAGCACCUGCGGCGCAUGUCGGCGAGCCUGCUCGGCAAGGAGCUGGGGGUUGCCGCCAGGCCGCGCCAGGCGCAGCUGCUCGGGGCGUCCUCGGGCGCGUCCUUCACCGUGCCGGCUGCGAGCACGCUGCCUGUAGACCUGUUCGCGCUCGUAUGCUCGUGCUUCCCAGAGGCCGAGGACAAGGAGCCUGUCGAGCUUCUGCUGAGCUCGAGGCGCGUGGCCAGAUUCGUCAUCUUCGAGGUCCAGGGGGCCCUCUACCGCUGGCUGCUGGAGACGCACCAGCAGAUCGCCGAGGACGUGCUGGGCGGGCGUGGGCCUGCCGCCGGCUCCAGGGAGCGCGCAAAGCCGCUGCCGCCAGGCGUGUGGGCGUGGCUUGAGCGCGUGGCGGCGCUGACGAGAGACAUACCGGGCUUUCAGGAGCAGUGCACGCAGUGGAGUGCCAGGCUGUCUGACGCGGAGAGCUCCUCCUCGGGGAUGAGCCGCCAGCCAUGCGCCGACGACAGGGACGAGCUCGGGCGCACGGCGCUGCCGCUCGAGUGGAGCCUUGGGCCCGAGGCGGAGCGCUUCGCAGAGCUGGAGGGCACGCUGCUCUGGGCGGCCUGCGACGUCGCCUCUCUCGAGUGGAGGCGGCGGGCCCUGUCCGAGACGGCCGCCCACGGGCUGAAGUCCCUGCAGGACCACCUCGACGGCCCCUUGCAGGGCCUGCGCGGCAUGCUGGAGGCCGCCCAGUUCGAGAGCUUGCUGCGGAAGCUCUUCCACGUGUGCCUGGCGGCGCUGGUGCUCCGCCUGUCCCGCCGCCAGUGCUCGCAGGGGGCGACGGCCAUGGCGGUCGCGAGGCAGGAGGCGGAGUACCUGUGCAGCUACUUCCAGUCACAAGCGGCGCGGGCAGUGCUGGCGGGCGCCGCCGAUGCCCCGCCGCCGCCGCCGCCGCUGGAAGGCGGGGCCGACUUGGCGGAGGCCGGUGCGCCCUGGGGGCAGCCGCCGUGGGAGUUCGCCAUGGUGGCGCAGGUGCUCCAGGUGGUGACCGAGUCGGCGAUGUCUUCCCGGCGGCAAAGCCGGAGCAGCGGCGGCAGCACGCCGACGGGGAGGAUCACCCCGGGCGGCCCGGGCACCCCGGGGGGCGCGAUGGACGCGCGGAGCCCGGGCAGCGCGCACGCGGGCGCCGAGCUGCGGGGCGGGUCGCUGCCGAGCACGCAGGGCCUCGGCCAGCUCGUGCGGGUGGUGCAGCCGGAGCGGCAGCUGCCGCUGGCGGAGCUCGCGGCGUGGUUCGGGGACGGGCCCGCAGGGCUGCGGGGCUGCUUCGAGGAGCUGCCGCCGAGCGACGGCUUCGGGGGGGCCUACCUGCCCCCCCGGGCGGAGGACGGGCCGGCGGGGAGCAGGACCCCGCCGCGGUCGCCGGUCCAGAGCAUGCCUCCGGUGAUCAGGUCGGCGAGCUGGAACAGUAACGACUCCAGGAGGCGCAGCUCACUCAUAGGGGCCUCUUCGGCCGGCCCUCCCCCCGGCCGUCCCUGCUGCUGGAGUCCCCCCGGUCCGGGUCGCCGGAGCCGCCCGGGCGCCUGGGGCCGGAGCGGGGGAGGGCGCUGCUGGCGUCGAGAGGGGAGCUGUGCGAGCUGCGCGUGGAGGAGGCGGGGGCCUACGGCGCCUUCUGCUGCGUGGGCCUGCGGGCACCGCCCGCGGAGGGCGAGCGCGGGGCACCGCCCACGGCGCCCGCGCGGCUGCGCCGGUGGGCGCAGCUCGCCCGCGCGGGGCACCGCAGCCCGCCGGUCUUCGAGGUGCUCGAGUGCGGGCCCGCGGGGUCGGGGGACCAGCGCGCGGCGCCGCUCGUGUCCCACAGGCUGGACGCGCUGAGGGAGGCCGCGCUGCGCAGCACCACGGAGCUGGAGCUCACCUUCGCCCGCGUGCGGCCGGCGGUGCUCGGGGAGAGCUUCACGUCCGGCGGGCACGACGUCGAGCUCAGGCAGUACGUGGUGAGGUUCGACUGCCCUUCGCACCUGUUCCGGUGGCGCCUGGUCCUCGAGGCGUGGUGGCAGCCGCCUCCGGGGGCGGCGCCCCUCAGGGAGCAUCGCCCCGUGGUGGUGCUGACCAGCGAGGCCGCGCCCGCGGAGGAGGCCUGCGCGCCCGCCGGGUUCCCGCAGGACCAGCUCACCUGCGGGGUGCUGGAGGGGCGCCUCGGCGCCCUGUGGAGCAGCGUGAGGACCAAGCUGCAGGCCGCUGCCCAGCGCUCGUAGUCGAGCGCUGGAGGGAAGCCUCGGCGUCCUCUGGAGCAGCCUGAGGACCAAAAUCCAGGCCACUGCCCAGCGCUCGUAGUCGGCGCGGGCACCUUUAUCUCACCACGCCACGCGCGGUUUUGAGUCGCAAGCACUGAGAGCCAAGCUCCCCGUCCGACACUUUGCACCCAGAGUCCGGGUCCCAGCAGAUUACAGCAAGCUGAGCCGAUCAUUGUCAAAUGGCUGGUGGGAUUUGCCUCCGUCGGUCCCAGUGCUUCUUCAGCAGUCUCACGGAGCGGGCCGCGUGGCUCUGGAAGCCCCUGCGCGUGCACGAUGCUGUCACCGCAAGGCGGGCCCGGCGCCUGCGGAAGACGUUUGUUUCGGCCCUGCUCUUUUCUGAGGGUGCUCCUAGCCCAGGAGGCAUGGACAGUGUGGCAUGUGGCCUGGUGGGCAACAGGCCUCCUCCUCCUCCUCCUCCUCCUCCUCCUCCUCCUUCUCCUCC